UGGAAGAAGAGGUUUAGAGGCUUUCGGACCAACUUCCUGCCUAUGGUGGACGUGUACACAAAACAACUCUAGACUUUUCUCCCUGACAGCCGUCGCCAUGUCGAAUAACAACGCCAGCAACAACUUGAUCGUCGCCCAGAGGACUGUGAAGCAGCUCCGGUUCGAAGCCAGUCUUCGUCGGAUCAAGGUGUCCCAAGCUGCUGCUGAGCUGAGAAACUUCUGUCUCCAAAAUGCCUCCAAGGACCCACUCUUGGUCGGUGUCCCCUCCAGUGAUAACCCCUUCAGACCACCAAAGUCCUGCUCCUUGUUCUGAGAGCAGCAGCCAGCAUGAAGAAUGUGUGAAUUUCUGUCUUCACUCUUAGCGUUGCUGCAGAUCUGUCAGCAGCUGAUUCUGCACCACAGGACACUUUAUAUUUGCCAAACACCUUAUUGGCACACUUCUGUUGCUAAUAUGAAGAAUUGGUUAUGUUGUUUCAUCUAUUACACGAUGACAGGUGCUGUUACGUCAUAGCCUAAACACACAAUUACAUAUAUUUAUGAUUGUUAAUAUUUCCAUAUUAUAUUAUUGAAGCACAAAAUGCCUUACACUAUGAAGAGUUCACUUUAGAGGUACAAAAAUCAGCUGUUUUAAUACAAUCCAAAUGUUAGGAAAUCUUUCAUGAAGUGCAUUCAUAAGCAAUGGAAUCUGAUAUCUUCCUUAUCUUCGCUACUGCCAGCAAUCUUUUUAGAAAUAAAAUCUUUUUCUUACACUUGACAA